UGCAUAAAAAACCGAAGCAACUUAAACAACUUCUAUUGGAAGAAAUGUUUAAUAAGUUUUAUGUGAUUUUAUCUAUUUGGGGAACCAGCAGACUGAUCAAGACGUCCAAAGGCAGCUCUUGCUUCAUGAAGAUAGAUCUUGCUCUUUUGUAUAAAAGUUUAUCAGGAUGAGGAUUCCAAAGAAGGAUAAACCAGCUGUCACACCUGCAAAAGGUAAAGGAAAGGUGUAUGGAAAGCAGAGAGCUGCUACAAAAGGUAAAAUUUCUAAUAAAGGGGAUGCUAGAAGAAAGGCCCCAGUUAAACCAAAAGGCAAACCAGCUAAAGGCAAACCAGCUAAAGGCAAACCAGCUAAAGGUAGACCAGCUAAGGGCAGACCAGCUAAAGGCAGACCAGCAAAAGGUAGACCAGCUAAAGGCAAACCUACUAGAGUUAUUCGAGUAGGCAGGCAAGGGAAGAAAAAUCGACUCGUAAAAAGAUGUGUAAGGCUAAGUAAGAAAAAGAGAAGGCAGAAAUUUAAAGACCUGGCCCGGUGGGAUUUUGCAACAGAGUGCCCAGAAUAUCUUGCAGCUCUGGAUAACAUCUUUUAUGCUCGGGUGAAUCCAUGUGGUGUACAGUUUGAUCUGGAAAGAAUACUAGGGAAUCUUUUUGGGAAACUUGAAUGUCUUGAAGGAGAGCAGAAACGAAAACCACAAAACAAAAAGCAGAAACAAAGAAAAUUCCAACCUCGCAGAUAUAAAUUAAGUGAGGGGUCUGAAGAGUCAUUGGAUGACUUAAAAGCUGGCUUUUGGAAAUUUGUAGAAGUAUAUAGUGCUGAUUUUAAAGAAGAUGCAGUAAAGAGUAUUGAAGACUCUAUCAAUUCACAUGAAAGUGGUGUGUUUUAUACUAUUCCUCCAUUAGGAGGUCAUCUGAUUAAAGAAGUUAAUAAUCAAAGAAGUAAAAAUAGUCCAGAUGAAGGCGAGAUAAAAGAGAAUGGCGUACAAUUAGUUAACGGCACAGGAGGAUGUGUGAAUGGCACAGGAGAAUCUGUGAAUGGCACAGGAGGAUAUGUUAAUGGCGCAGGAGGAACAAACACUCAGAAUGGUAAAUUUUAUGAUGCACCUGUGGGACCUUUAGCACAACGCUUGGCUUCAUGUUUUAUGGAAGAAACUCCAGAUAUAGUUGCAAGACUGAGAGGUUAUAAGAACAAAGCUCCACCUAAGGUACUUAUUCCACCAAAUCCUGAGUUUGUAACAUGUUUUAAUCUACCUCCUACAAUUGAGUCUGCUGAAGAACUUGAUGACAGAAUUAAAAAGAAGCUGUUUAAAUUGGGCAUUCUGGACAGUUUGGAACUUGAAGAACCAGAAGAUAAGGUCCUGACGAAACUCCAAACUUUACAGAGUAGGCUGAAAGCUAUAUCUGCACAAACAGUACCUGUAAGAAAGAGAAUCUUGGAGUUGGCAAAAAAAGAUAUGCCAUUACAGAGCUAUUUUAAAGAAGUGGAACAAGCUGAAAACAAACUAAUUACUGCAUAUAGAAAAAUGUCAAGGCUCAGAACAUUUUAUCCUGAGGUGUAUAAAGAAGAUCGUAAAGUUAUGGCAUAUAAAAGAGAGCAUGACCUUUUAGAGAGUAGACAUAAUUCUACUGUUAUGAAAUUCUUGCUAGAAUAUCAAGAAGUAGUUCAAAGGUCAGAAAACAGAACAGAAGCUGAUGAUUAAGUGAGAUUAAUUCAUUUUAUGUUCAUUAUCUACUUCUGUUCAGAAGAAAAACUAUGUACAGAUCUUGCAUACAGAGUGUGCAUUUUGUUUGGAUUGUAAAUUGAAUAGUUUCAUUUUGUUUAAUGUUCAAACUUUCUAUGAUUAUUAGUCAUGUGAAGUUUAGAUAAUAUUUGAUUAAGGCUUUGAAUAUAACAUAUUCAGCUCAUAUAUAUUCCAUAAAGUACUAUGUUGUUGAUCAAAAUAAUGUUUUGUGAAUUUAUUGAAUAAUUUAAAUAUUGUUUUUAUAAUCUUUUAUAAUUUUAUUACUUUUUAAUAUACCUAAAUGGUUGUGUGAUAUACAUAUAUGACAACUUAAUUAUUAUCUCCUGAAACUUUUUAAAAUAUUUUAUGGGGAAAUUCCAUGGGAAAAAAAUUUACAGCUCUUAAAAAUAAAAUUUGAUGUGAAAUAUUCACUGAAAUGUACUAGUCGCAUUAGAAUAAUUGAAAAAAAGGCAAUAUCAUUGUUCGAGUGCAUAAUGCUAUAAAUAAUGCUGUAAGGUGAAUUCAUGCAAAAGAAGUGGUGAUUGCCAAAUAUCUAACUUUUAGAAGUUUUUCGAAUUAAAGAGAAAGUGCAAUAUUGUUUUCUUGUACAUUAUGAAUAUAGUGUCUUCAUUGCCACAGAGUGAACAUUAUCACACAAAAAAUCCUCAUUCAAUUCCUUUUCAGAACUUUGCCAGAAGCUUAAUUUAUUUAGGUUAACCUGCAUUAGCUUUAUGGUUUUUUAAGAAGGAAUUGUGUUGAUUCUAAUGCUUCAGCAGUUAUCCAGAUGCAUGAUAGAAUUGCUGAUAAAGAGUAGUAUUGUACUGGAUGCUAUUGAAAUACAAAUGAACCAUUGUUUUAGUUAAUUGCUUCAAUUUUUAUACAUUAAAAAGAAUUUUUCUGUAUUAUAGGCAUCGUGAUGUGACAUUAUUUGUUUAGUUUAUAUUUGGCAAUAUUAGUGAAAAAAUAUAACUCUUCCUUUAACCAUUACAUUUUACAUAUUGGUAUGUGAAAUGUAUAGAUCAGAGGUCAGCAAUCUUUUUGCUACAAGUGUGCAAUAAAAAUCUUAAAAACCAUUAAGGGUGCAUAAUUUAAUUAAAAAAAAUUACUACUUUAACUUUCUAAUGACAAUGUUGUACACAAUAAUUAUAUUAAAUUGCUAAAUAAUUAUUUUGAAGUAUGUGUGUUUAUAUAAGAUAAAGUUUAUAUAUUGUGUUAAAUAAAAAAUCAAAAUUAAAAGAGUAUGCACGAAAUCAGAUUAAAUAAAAUUACAGGUAGUUAUUGUUAUAUGCAUAAAUUUAAUGUAAAAUUCAAUCCUUUUAUUAUUCUGCUAAAAUUGUAAUCAAGCAUAUAAUUGGAAUUACUAGUUCAUAAGUUAUCAGAAUAUGUAUCGAAGUUUAUUUUGAUACUUUUGUUUUGAAUAUAUUAUAUUUGAAUACACAUAUUAAAAUUUAUAAACAUUUGACAAACAAAUGUAUCUUUAGUGAACAUUUUCUCAAAAUGGGAUGACUGUUCUUGUUGACUUAGUUAUAAAAUAUGUUGUUAUGAUGUGCUUUUGAAAUGAGGUCAUUUUUUGAGUUUAUUAUUUCUAAUUCUAGGCUUUCAGUAUCAAGAUGAAAGCAUUCAGAUAGUAUAGCACAUACAUUGCAUUCAGUAAUACUGAUCAGAUUUAUGAAAAACAUAACAGUUCUUGAGCCACAAUAUUGGCAAAUCUGCAAGGAAACUGCUUAAAUAAAGUAUGUAUAAAAUAUAUAUAUGAUGCAGCAGUAAAGUCUGAUAAUGUGUUUUUCAUCAAAAAGGAUAUCAAUAACUGUUACUGAGAUUUGCAUUUACUUACUGUACUCAUCAUAUUAGUGAUGUGACAAUCUUCCCAUGGUAAUUUUAGAUUUAAUUCAUUAAACUUUGCUAUUCUAUCUGUUAAAAAUCAGAGAUGAUCAAUCAGUUUUUGUUUUGUGUCUGUUCUUAAAAUUCACCUUGGGAUAAGUAAUUUUUUUUUACUUUUGGUAAAACAUUGCUCAGCCUUUUCACUUUGGUAUUAUAAAGAAAGCCUGUGAAAUGAGCGUUUUUAUCUUCCAAAGAAGUUUCAUUAGUUUAUAUUGUAGUGCAUUUGAUUUUAUUGUAGAAGUAAUAAUUUUUCCUACAGCUAAUAUUGCGUUUUCAAAACUGGUAAUUUUUGCCAAUAGCAACGUAAUAAAAUUAGGAAACAUGGAAUCUUCUCUUGAGAGGGCAAUAAAUCCAAUUCUUACCAGUCAUUACUAACUGAAGUUAGGUUCAGAGGUAUUUUUGCACUGGUAUUAUUUUAUCAAUUAAAAGAUUUUUGGAAAUUGAAAAUAUAUGCAAUCCACUGAGUGAGGUCUUUGAAUGGAAAAAUUUUAUGUUAUUCUUUUGUAGAAGAAUGAUCAAACAUCAUCUUCAUGCAGAUUGACUAACUUUGCUACAUCUGUUAGAUCUUUCGAUUCAUCCAGUUGUAGUAAAAGAAAAUAAAUUUUCCCACAUCCGUUAGUUCUGUCUCUGUGAUGUUUUUAAAGCUGAAACUAAUUGUGUUUUGUUUUUAAUUAAAAUGUUAAACAGUGAUUAUUAAGCUUCUUUUACUAUCUCCCCUUCUGUAAUUUUUUUCUUUGUUCGUACAUACAAAGUUGGAAUCAAUGUGAUUGUCACAGGCUUUAAUUAUUUCAGCAUAUUAUUAACGAAAUUUUGUUGGAAAGUCAUUGCAAAUUUAAAAGAUGAAAACUUUUUUCGUAGUGUUUCAGAAUUCACUGGGUAGUAUAAGAAAUGGAAUGGACAGUUCUCUGAUGUCCUUCAAUAUGGUUUACUUUGCAAUUGCUAUCAUAUUAUUACACAGUGAGCCUACAUAUUUGCCUUUAUAGUCAGUAAAGCAACUCGUUUUUUCCUAUUAAUUGUUAUAAUGAUAUGCUCUUUUUCUCUGUAAUGAUUAAUUUAAAAUAAAAUAGAAAAUUUUUUCUAUUAAUAUUAGGUAAAUUCUCAAUUAUUUUUGCUUUUUUUGUAGCAUUUUUUUAAAAAUUGAAUCAGUUUAUUGAAAGCAAGAUGUAAAAUACUAAUCACAGCAAAUAAAUGGCAACUAUACGAAUAAAAUUAACAUGUGAAAUUCUAAUGUCUUUACUGCACGUGAAAAUCAAAUUUAUUAUGUUUACACCAUAAAAACAAAUGAUGAGAACUUUUCUCAGAAUUAGUUAGGAGUAGGCUCGACUAGAACUUAGCAGCUUGGAAUACAAUAGCAUAUUAACCAUUACUAACAAAAGAAACAUUUAAAAAAUGAAGAGUGGAGACUGCAUAAAUUGAAAUAUACAUUCUGGUGGAGUUAGCUUCUUAAAGCAGGUAUGGAUACAGCUGGCUCUGUGUUAGUACAAUGCAUAUGUUCUGUUUGUAUUUAUUGCCAUUGUGUACGAGGUAAACCUGGUCUUUUUCGCUAGCAUUUAUUUUGAAUAAGUAAUGUCUUCUAUAUGCUUGCUUUAUGUAGUUAAAAAUGUAAAGUUCUUUUCUGAAUUACUACUUAGCCCUUUUCCCUCACAAUGAUAACUUAUUGUUGAUUUCUGUCUGGUUAUCUUAUGUAUUACAUAUUAUUUACUAUGAUUUUGAAAGACCUUUUAACUAAGUGAAAUGCUGUAUAACAGUCAAAUGGGCGUUGGUGCAUUUUAAAGAAAUAGAGAUUUGUUGGUGUCCAUGAGCAUGCACAUAACAUUUUUCUGUAGGAAGCACCUUAAAUGUUCAAUGGGUGCUAAGUUGCUGACUCCUGAGGUUGAUAAUUCAAAAUUCAUAUUAAAUUUAUAGUUCUUUUUAGCUUUCUUUACAUUUGGAAGUCAUUAUUUCAAAUUUCUUUUGCUUUUGUAUAUUAAUAAAGCAGUUUUUUUGUACAGUGAGCAUUAUGGUUUAAAAAUAUUAGAUUAAUUUAAAAACUUUUCUAUUUGGUAAUGGUGGGGGGAGGGGAGGGAAGAUGCUUAUUUUAAGAAGUUUUUUUUAUGCCCGUAUAUUUUGUAAAAAGCUAUGUAAAAUUAGUGAAUAAUUCAUUUAAGAUUAAUUUCACACACUUUAUUACUCUUUUUUUUUUUUUUUUUUAAAUUUUUCUUUAUCCUUGGAUAAAAGUGACAUUGACAUACAUUGACCUAACACAAGUUUGAUUUGUGUCACAGUAGAUAGGUUUUUAUGAAAUAUCACACGUGCUGUAUUUUAUGAACAUUAUGGAGCAUUUUAUAAAUAGAGCGAUAUUGUUUGAAAUUACAUUACCUAUUGUGUAUGAUUCUUGUAAAUGUUUUUAGAACAUCUUACCCGAAGUGACUAAGCCUCAGUUGAUUUGCCAACUUUUUCAUUAUUAAACAAUUUUUUUCCAUAAAGUCUAUGUAAUUCAGCACAAAUUUAGUGGGUAAAUAAUAUUGCAGUAUAUUAUCUCUUACAAAGCAGUGAAUAGAUUUGGUGUUAUGCUGGUAGUAUUUAAUUUUGAGUUAUGUUCAAUUUUGUAAAAGUCUUAGCAUUUAUACAAGAAAUUAAAGUGCCAGAUAAUCACCGCAUUUUUAUUUUAGUACCUUUUAUUACUCUGUGUGUGGUAUACAACAAAAAAGUCUUUUAGUGCAUACCUCAUAUAAUCUGAUGAUAUUCAGAAUAUUAAUAUGAAAUUUAAUUUCAUUCUCUGCGUGUUUGUUUUUGUUUAAUUUCAAGAAUGAUUUUACCAAUUAAAUAUAAACUGCUUGAAUUGUUAGUAAAGAUAAAACACAAUAAAUAUAUAUCAAUCACACUUAAAAUAAUGAGAAAAACUACUACUGCUAAUAAGAAAUAUAAUUUUAUCUACACCUAGAUAGAGUUUUAUUACGAUUUUGGUUUCGAAUAUCAUUGUGUCUGAAAAUUAUGUUCUGCAAUGGCUAUAUACUUAUAAGAAGUUACAUAUAGAUUAUCAAUAAUCAGUAUUAUAAUUGUGUUGAAUCUUCUUUAAUUCAUUAAUGUCUUGAUAACCACAGAUUUGCAAAAGGUAAAUCUAAACUGAUCAUAGGAAUAUGCCGAAUGAUGUCUUCAGGUGUCCAAUGCUAACUUUACUGUCAUGUCUUCAGAUGAAUUCUGUUAUCACUUUAGUAAACCAUCUUGUUAUUGCAUUCUAUGAAUGCUACCUUAUCAUCUCAUCAACAUUUAUUGGCUUUGGCAGUCUCAUUUUCAUUUUGCCUAAGUAUUUGCUAUGAGACCUUUGUUAUUACUUUUCUCUGAAUUUUAGUCUUUUAGUGUAUUCAUUUAUUGUGAUUAUAAGCUUCUUUGAAGGAUAGAUCAAGUACUGUAAUUCUUGAACAUCAUUGAGAAAUAUAUUAAAUGUUUGUUUGAAAAUGCCUGUCAUUGUCUUCCACCAUGAUGCAGGAAGAGGAAUGAUCUUCGAGUACAUCUUCUUUGUGGUGCUGAAAACUUCAGUUUUCCAAUGAAUCUUUUCCUAAGCACUAGCUGCUUCUACUAAAUUAUUGCCACUAUCACCAUAAAUUAUAGAAGAUUGUUGUCUGUGUCCAAUAAAUAAAUCUCUAAAACCCUUGAAAAAAGUGAUCUGUUGAGAGUGAAAAAAAUCAGUUCUUCAUCUGAUGGCAUGCAUAUUUCACAGGUAAACAUACAUAUCCAUGAUUUAUUUGAAGUCCCCUCCCUUAGCUUUCGUGGUAUGGAGAACUUUCAAUAUGUACACUUGUUACUUCCAAAAUAUUAACAUUAUAUUCAUAAUCUUCAGCUAAAUCUAGCAGUAAAACCACCAUAUUUUUUGCUUUCUACAGCUUGCACUUCAAACAAUAUGUGAGAACCACUUAAUUGUGUAAGACCUGUGUAAAAUUCAAUGAGAUAAUAAAAACUGCCUUUCAGUUUUUGCCUGUAGAAUGUGACCAAUAUGAUGUGGCAAUAUUUAGUAAACAUAAAUUCCUCAACCAAGUUGUGAUUAGUAACCACCCCAAAGAAAAGGGACUACGAGUAAUGGCAAAGUCUACAUGAUUGUGAUUCAAAACUUAAAAUUUACUUUAUACAUCAAACUACAUAAAAUGCGGUAAUCUUUACUGCCUUUGUUUAGACAAAUCUACAAGACAAUUUUUCUUAUGUCUCAUAUAAUACCACCUUUUCCAUGCAGAAAUCUCAUCAGUAUAUGUGGUAUAUAUUUAAUUUAGUUUAAUUUUCUGUCAUUCAGUUAAAGAGCUUUAAGAAUCUCUGCAGGUACAUUUAAUACUGACCUGAUCUUAAUUCUGCAAUUUUUCUUCAAAUUAUGAUGAUGAGAAAGGUAAUGACCAUGUAGAAAGCAUUCAGCUUCUGUAACUAUUUCAUUUGUACCAUCUUCAGAUAGUUAUGGAUAUUCUGCACGCCAGCCAUCAUUUUCUAGCCGGUAUAGUACAUGGAAUCAAGUCUUCUCAGUCACUUCAUUUAUUGUCAGUGGUGAACAUCUUUCAGUAUCAUAUUAAGUACAUAUCUUUCAUCAUACUGUAUGGAUGCUAUGUCCUCAAAAUAUGAUGUAGUUUGUGUAACCUCAUCUUUGUAUCUCUGUUCUACAGCGUCCUUAAUAUCUAUAUCUUUGCUGUACAGGAUCCCUAUUACCUAUAAGGCUGAUAAAUUUGAAUUGCUCAAUAUUGGUGGCAAGUCGUGAAGAAGUUACAGUCAUAUUUACAUUUUUUCUACUUUGACUUCCAAGAACUUUUCCUGUUAAUGCAUCCUGGUUUAAUUUUGAUUGCAAUUAAAUGUUCUUGCAGUUCUUCAGUACUACCACUACCAGUAAGAUUUUCUGCAGUAACUCAAUUUAAUUAAUAUUUAGAUUGGACCAUAGCUCUUUUUGCAUGUAACUGAUGUAAGUAUGUUUCGAGUUCUGUCAUAUUGCGUAUCUGUGAUCUGUUAUCAGCAAGCUUACGAAUUUACAGAUCUGUAUUAGGUCUUAUUAACUUUCUGAAGAAAAACCUCUGGAGUAUAUUACAAGUUUAUAAUGUGUUAGUAUGCUGCAUGUUCAUUUGUUGACGCGGAAGACAUAUUUCAUGAACUGAAUUCUUUUUCUUUUAUUAUUUUUAUUUUUCUGUUGUUCAUGAUAUAUUAAUGCCUCUUUAAACAAAACAUGCAUUUCACUGAAAUUUUUGCAUUAUGUCCUGAUUUCAUACAACAAAAAUGAUAUUUUGUUUUUCUUUGGUGUGGGUGACAAUCAGGAUAGUGGUAUUGAAUAAUGAUCUGUGUAGAUGAUAUAUUUCUGUCUUUAAAACAUUCAUUGCAUUUAUGUUACUUAUUAGAAAACAAGCAUAUUAUUUAGAUUAUUUUUUUUAGCAAUAAACGAAUUUUAGUUGUACCAAUAUUCUGUAUUUGCUUUUAUAUUUAUCUCCUUAAAAAGAUUAUUCCUAAAAUUGGAACUUGUAACUGUCACAGAAACUUUUUGCUCACUUUUUACUCCAUUUCAAAUAAAUUGCAUGAAAUCUUUUAAGAUUUGUUGGUGUUUUACGAGUUUGUCAUUGUCUAAUGCUUCCAUCAAAUUUCUUUUAUUGAAUUUUCAGAGCUUUAAACUUUCUUUUUGGGGAGACAUUUGCAGUAUUUAUAGAAUCAGAAAAUUUUUUUAUAUUAGCAACAUGUGUUUCAUUAUCCUUCUUAUUUAAAUAUGCUUUUGCCAUAAACUUAUUACUGGAUAAUUGUUAAACAGACUUAUUUUUAAUUUAGUUUAAUAAGUUCUUUUGUCUUGCUAGCUUCUAGCAUAAAAUCCAGUAUUUGUCUUUUUGAACUUUGACACUCAUCAUUCUUACAUAUUUCAAAUUUAGCUUGGAUUUGUAAAAUAGCAAGAACAUCUUUCAUAGCAGGGACAUCAUCUUUAUAUCCUUUUAAGUAUUGUUUAGAGUCUUGUAAAAGAAUUUCUUACUACUUUCCUUGUCAACAAAUUAUUGUUAUUAUUAUUUGAAUUUACUUAGUGAUAUCUCUAAAAAUUAAAUGUUAUUUUCAAGUCAUGGUGGCUAAUUGCUAGUAAGAAAAUGUAUAUGGCCUAUUAAUAUUUAACACAAGUCACAGAUAUCAAGAAAAUAUUAACUUUCAAUUAAUGAAACUUUCCCAUUCAUCUCCUGUGAAGAUUUGGAUUUGUGUUAAAAAAAUCUGAAACUUAUUGUACAGUAGGGCAAAAUAUGCUUCAUGCAGAUCCAAGUCUUUUUUUCACUCUAUGACAUUCUGAUGUGGAGUUUUCAUUAAAUUCUGCUGUUAUUAUUUCUUUAGAAUUUCCCCCUAUUUGCUGUAAUUUCUGCUGUAAGCAUUAAUGAAAAAUAAUUAUUUAAAUAUACACUUUGCUUAAUGUAAAAAGGGCCUUUUACAUAAUAUGGUGUAGCAGUCUUAAUAUUUUUCUUGCAGUAAACAGGUUUCUAAUAGUGGUGAGGUUUCUUAAUUCUGCUCUAGUGAUUCCAUGUGAAUGGCAUGAAGUAGUUAAAAAUAUAAUUUUAAAAUGCAUAACAUCCCAUUAGUUUUUUAUUUCCCCAAAGAAUUUGCUUGAUUGUACUUCAAAAUCGCCAUUCAAUAGUACUUCAAAAAUAGCCUUUCAGAAUACCAGUUUUCCUUACAUCAUAGAAAUGUGGUUAAGGAAAAGCAUUGGUGCCUCAUAUUAUAAAAUAACCAAUGAUUUAUUCUAAAAGUAAAAUUAAUGCAAAAUGAUAGGUUGUAUAUGUCAGAUUAUAACUGUGACUUGCUUUAAAUAAGUUUUCAUGGUCUUUUUUAAUGCAUAUCAAAGUUGCUUUAGCAUUAACGCUUAUUGAUUUAUCUAGAACUUCCUCAGUUGCAUUGUUGAAGUUGGUGCAAAAAAUUAUACGCAUUUUAAAUAAUAGUAAAUACAUUAAUACAAUUUAAAUAGUAGUAAAUACCUUAUCGAGGUACAUUUUAAUUUUAUAGUUCUAAGUAAAUGAAGAAGUGUAAAUCUUUAAAAAUCAUUGCAAGGGUUGUAGCUGAUUACUAUCCUGAUUUAAAUAUGGUUGAUAAUGCAAGACAAAUGGAUUUGGAACCACCACAAAUGCUUGGUAUUUGGCUUAACUUUCUUUAUGCUUGUUAUAUGAGUGAACUCUCUUUAAUUGUCUACUUUCAGUUCAUUGAUUGUUCACAGUGUAUUGGCUUGAGGUCCUUUUCAAACAUUUAUUGAAUGCUGUCUUCUAGUCUAGUUUAUUUGUUUUGCACAUUUUCAUCAAGAACAGACCCUGACAUCUGGAAGAUAGUAAAAAAGUGUUUUGCCUUGCUGGAAAUAGGUACUGAAUUGCCGGAUAUUAUAUAUAUUUGGUGUUACUUCAGUUUCGGAAGUAAGAUGUGAAUACAUUUUUUAACAUCCUGUAUGCAAAAGAAGCAUGUCGGUAUGAACCUCAAUACCUUGGUUGAGGGGAUUGGGUUUUUAUUUAAAUAUUAUGCACGUUUUGAGGGACAAGUUGACAUGGCUGUGUUUUCUUGACAUCUCUCAAAAUAGAAUGUUUAAUUAAAAUCAGGUCUUUAAUGGUUAGUUAUUAACGUUUAUUAAAAUAUUAUUAAAAUUAAGAAAUGUUAGAAAAUUGGCAAUUAAUUGAAUCACAUCUGAUUCUUAUUUUUUGUAAAUAAUGAAAUUUGUAAAGUUUUAAAAAUUUACCAUGAACUUUCAAACUACAAUUUUAACGUAUGAAGAUUUGCUUAUUUUAAAAUAAAAGAUUUAAGCCCAUUUUACUGUACUAUUAGUGGUUUCUUCAUCUCAGUUAUAUUCUUUAUUCUCAGUUAUAUCCAUUAUUUUAAUGUUGCUUUUAUGUUCUUAUUAUGGUAGACAGAGCAAUUUGCAACAAGUCUUAUUUCACAGAGCAAUUCUCAUUAUAAUAGACAGAGAAACAUUUGCAAAAAUUUAGCAAUUUUUUUGCCAGAUCUGGAUAAAGAAUCAGAUUUUUAUUUGACAAGAGAAUUUUACUUUUUGAAACAUGUCUCAGUUCCAAUUUUAAAAUUAAAAAAAUGGGAUUUUUUUGGAGGUGAUUUCAGGCAUUUUAUUUCUUGAAGAAAGCAAAUUUGAUGCUAGGCUUAUUUUUUCUUAUAUGUAAUUUGUUGGCAGUGCAUACUUAUUGACAUUUUCAUUUUCAGAAAAUUUAGUGAAGAAGAAAAAGUAAAUAAAUUUUGUUAGAGUCUGAAGCAACAUCUUGUGGGGAUAUUUUUUUUUACAAUUUUGAUCUCGCAUUGCUGUUUACAUCUCUUUCACAUUAUUCAAUAAUUCUUUAAAGCUGAAUUCACUUAAUUUCAGUUUCAUUAAACUAAAGUAUGGGUAAAACUCGGUAUAUCCGAAAAUUCAGAAGAUGGUGAUUGUCUGUUAUAAAAUUCAAAGCUUGGCUUGCAGAAUGUCUUGGAAAUAGCAGUAAAUGUUUUUUAAAAUUUCUAAAUAUAGAAAAACCCUGAAAGAGUUGUAUCUGGAAAAGCACAUGAAUACUUAAAAUCACGAAAGUGUUACAAAAUAUUUGGUUAAAAAAUGAGCUUUUUAAAUCAAGAACUUUUUUAUUAAGGAAAAUUGAGUAAAAGCAGUAUGCCAAAUUAAGCUUGUAUAUUGCAGAAUAUGUCUUAUACUGUAAUAUCAGUCAUCUUCAGCUCCUUCCACUUUAUUCUUUUCAAAAUUUUCAGAUUUUGCUCAUUAUAUAAAAUUACAUCAUACAAAAUAUAUUAAUAUUGUUAAAAUAACAUGGCAUCUCAAUUUACAGGUGACUCAAAAGUAUUAAUAAUGAAUCCUGUAGUUUAAUUGUUGAGGAAAGGAAUGGCUUUUCAGUAUGCAUGUUAUUAACAUUAUGCAUAAUAUACUAGUCUCAUGUUUGAAAACUGUUAUUUGGAUGUUAAGUAAUUUGAAGAAUUAAGUAACCUUUUUGGAUGUUAAGUAAUCAGAAGAUGGAUCUGCAAUUUUGAUGCUAUUAAAAGCAUUUUUUUUUAAGAAAGGCUUAUUAGAAAUAAAUGUUUUUGAGUAGGUAAUAAAUAUGGUUUUGUAAUAUUUGUAAUGGUAAGUGCACAUAAUGAAGUUUAUGGAAUUUAAAGAGAUAUCCCAUAUCAACUAAUUAGGUAUGUUUGUCAUUCUUUAAAAUAAUCCAUUUUGUGUGGAAUAUCUGAAGACUUAAGAUAGUGUGAGAGACCUGUAACCUAUAAUUAAAAGUGAGAAAUUGUGUAAUUCAGUCAUAUAUGUAUUUUCUUCAGAGAAUUUCAAAGUCUUUGAAAAAUUAGAGAGAGAAUGCUGUGAUUCAGAGAUAUGCUGUAGCCUGUGGACCACAAUAUUAGUUACAGUACUGUGUUGCUGUUUCAGAAUAAAAUAAGUGAAAACAAUCAAAUCAAUAGUUUAGCAUAUUGGUGUCCUAAAUGUAAGAUAUUUCAUUAGCUAAUUCAUUAGAUUCAUUAGGUCAAGUUAUUUCAUUAGCUUUUUUUUCAUUACUGGUCACUCCUUGAGAAUAAUUGCUCCUUGUAUUCUUUUAGUUUUAAUAUUUAUUUCCUUGCGUUAGCUCUUCCUGCAGUAAUCGUUUGUGGAUUAAUUGCAUAUUAAGUGUGUCUGCUCUAAAUUCCAAUAAUGUUCCAGUGAAACCUGUGCCAUUCAUUUUAUCCCAAAUUGUGAAAGUAAUAUUUCUAGUUUCCUGUAGAUUAAAUAUUAAUUCUUGAAACGUUGAGGUCCACUUUAAAAGUGCUAAAAUCAAGUUAAUAUAAUUACAUUUCCAGCAUCUCACUUAUAAUCUUAACAUUAGUCAAAACAUUUCCAUUUUUAAUCAACAAUAUUAAUGUAUGUUUUCCUUUCUUAUUUUCAACUCAACACUAUGGCUGUCUUUCCAGUGUCGUUUUCACUGUUACAUAGAGAAUUUGUUUCCAAAUCACCUUUUAUUUUGUGAAUGUUUAAUAACUACAUUGAAAGUUCUUAGUGAACAAAAAUGUCUUGUGUGGCAUGUUUUAUUAAAAGUCAUGUAUGUUGAAAGCAAGUAUAAUUGAAAGAUAUUUAGAUUGGUAUUUGUGUAUGCAUUUCUUCAAUCACAGCAUAUGUAUUUCUUUAUCAUUAUUUGUAUAUGAAUAUUGUUUAUUAUUUUGUAUAUAUAAUGGGGAAUUGUGUACAUAAAAUGUUAAGAAUAAAAUAUUUUAUUUGAAA